AUGGCUGAAGUUGCGGAAAGUAUUCAAAUGUCUGAAUUGAAAAGCAAAGAAUUAGCAGAGAAAUAUCGCAAUGAAGGCAACAUUCAUUUUCGUGUUAAAGAUUUCUAUGGAGCUCUCGUUUUAUAUAAUAAGAGCCUUUGUCACGCACAGAAUAUGGAGCAACUGUCGCUUGCAUACGCGAACCGUUCUGCAGUGUAUAUCGAAGUGAAAAUGUUCGAUGAAUGUGUCGAAAACAUUCGAUUAGCUAAAGAAAAUGGAUAUCCUAUGAAUAAAGUGAUUAAAUUGAAUGAACGUGAAAAGAACUGCAAAAAUUUAAUAAACCAAACGUUGAGAAUACUCGCUGAUGAUCCUUUAAGUUUCUUUAAACUUUCAUUAACUGCUAACGAGAAAAUUCCGUACGUUGUAAACUGUUUGAAAUGUAAAUUUGAUGACAAAUAUGGUCGCCACGUAAUUACAACUGAAGAUUUGAAACCUGGAGACAUAAUAUUGAUUGAAGAGCCAUUUCUAAAGAAACUUGACGAUAUGAAUUGCUACACUCGAUGUGCCAACUGCUUGAAAACAAAUAAAUUGAACCUGAUUGCAUGUGAAAUUUGUUCAACAACGAUGUAUUGCUCUUCAAAGUGUCAGAAAAACGAUGAAUUACUUCAUUUCCUUCAAUGCCACUUACAAACUAUUGAAAGAAGCGGAAUAGCGCCAUUGAAAAUGGUUUUACAAGCAGUUCAAAUUGCUGGAAGUGCCGAAAAGUUGAAAGAACUUUUAAAAGUUGGAGCAAGUCAAACAGUUUUUGAUUUUGAUUGGCGAAGACAAGAUUUAUCUCAUGGCGAAAACCUUUUGAAAGUUUUCGCUUCAAUGAAUCAUGUUGAUACAAGUCCGAGUAAGGAAGAAGUUGAAGUUUUAAAAGGUUUGCUUGAAUGUUUACAGUUUCAAAGAUUUAACGAAAGAUGGAAAAUUGACGGCGAACAUGAGUUUAUUAACAAGCAAGUUCACGAGUUUUCCAGCAUUUACAACACGAACUCUUAUGGACCUGAAUUUAGUACUGAUUCACGGGAAGAACGUCAAAGUUAUUUGAAGCAACAUUACAGAUUCAAUUGUGACUGUGAAGCUUGCUUUAAGAAUUUUCCUCAAAUGGAAAAUUUAAUAAGAUUUGAUCCGAAUUUUAUAUUUUCGAAACCUCAUCCAAUGUCUGUUAAAGUAGCUAAGAACGAAUUUAAGAAAAGUUGUAAUUAUAUAGCGCAAUUUGUGAAGAAUCAUCCAAGCUUUGAAACAGUUGCAAUGAUGUGCUCAAUCGAAUAUUCAUUACCACAAAUAGCAAAACUCUCAUUCGAUGAUAAAGAUGAGCUUCGACAACAAGGAAAUAAUCAUUACAAAGCUGGAGAUUUAUAUGGUUCACUUAUUUUAUAUAAUAAAAGCAUUUGUUAUGCAUUACCAGGAUCAGAGGAAAUUUCUCUUGCAUUUGGAAAUCGUUCGGUUGUUUAUAUGAAAACUGAAAAUUAUGAGAAAUGUUUAGAAAAUAUUUAUUUGGCACGUCAAACCAAAUACCCGAUUAAAAAGUUAAUUAAACUUGAAGAGCGAGAGAAAGUUUGCAAAGCAAAAAUGAACGAAAUAAAUCAUGAUUUAUUUGCUAAUAAAGGAAACGAAGAUCCAUGGAACUUCUUUAAGCUUAGCCAUCCACCAAAUGAUAAAAUUCCUUUUAUUGUUGAUUGCUUAAAGCUAAAGGAGAAUGAAAAGUUUGGACGUCACAUUGUGACGUCUCUUGAUCUUCAUCCUGGUGAUAUUGUUGCAAUCGAGGAACCAUUUUUCAAGCAUUUUGAUAACGUUGAGUGUUAUAAUCGCUGUCAUCAUUGUAUGAAAACCAACAAGCUCAGCUUAAUUGCUUGCGAGAAUUGCAUUUCAACAAUGUACUGCUCGAAUGUCUGUAAAAUGGAAGCGAAACUUCAUCACACAUUCACUUGUAAUAUAAAAAAUCUUUCAUCAGCAAAUGCUUUUCUUUUAAUUGAGAUUUUAAUUCGAGCGAUUGAAAUAGCUGGAAGUGUUGAGAUGCUUGAAGAAAUGUUUGUAAAGAGUGCAAAGAAGACUAUUUUUGAUUUUGAUUUAUGUUCUCACAAGUCAGAUUAUUUGAAGAAUCUUCUCAUUGCGAUUCUUUCAUUAAGUACAUCAAUUUGUGACUCAAACACCAUGACUGAAAAUCAAUUCAAAGCUUUAUUUUCGAUGCCAAUUUUUGAUUCUAUCAACAAGCAAUGGAACAUUCGAAAUGAACACAAAACGUUGCUUAAAAUAUUUUUGAAGUUGGCUAAAAUUUACACAUCAAAUUCAUACGCAAUGAAGGAACAUGUUAGAAGUUAUAAUAUCGAGCUUAAUAUGAUUCGAUGGAAUUAUGAUGCAAAAUUCGGAGGUGGAGUGUUUCCAUUUGCUUCGCUUUUUAAUCAUAGUUGUGAUCCAAAUGUGAUGAGAGUGUGUGUUGAUAACAAGCUUGUUUUCAUUGUUCAGAAACCAGUUUUAUCAGGUCAGCAAUUAUUUGUUGCUUAUCGAGGAGAAUUUUACUUUAAGUCGAGGAAGGAGCGACAAGACUCGCUGUUCUUAACUUAUGCUUUCAAAUGUGAUUGUGAAGCAUGUGUUUGUGAUUAUCCAACAAAAGAACAUUUGAAAGGUGUUCAAAAUAAAACAAUCGAAAUUCCAAAUUGUUCAGCAACGGCUAGUAAAUCAGCUACUCAAAACGUUAUUAAAUGUUUCAAUUUUAUCAAAGAUAACAUUAACGAUCAUCCAUGUAUUGAAACAGUUUCUGCUUUAAAUUGUAUUGAACAUUCUCUCCAUCAAUUGUCAAAGGUCUCCUUUGAUUUAAUGGGAAUCAAAUAA